AUGAUUCGUCCGAAGCUGUUGAGGGUUGUGCUCGCACAGGCACUACGAGGACUGCGAGCGCUGGAAGUUGGAAAUCCACUUGUGUCCUGGACGUCGGUCGGCGAGGGGCAAGAGGGUGGGCAGGGCGGCGUUGUUGUGCUUGAUGCUGGGAUUUGCUUCCAGAUCCCAGGGUCGGUCUAUGCUGUGAAGGCGCACUUCACCGAAAAUGCUGAGGAACAGUUGGAGUCAGAAGACUGGCCUUUGUUCGUUCUGCUUGAGCAUGUUGAGACGGAGGAGAGAACAAUUUGGAAGGUAACCGCCACUUCCGAUGCACGACGCAUCUCACCGUUUGGGCGACCCACGCAGCUGCAGUUAGCUUCGCCGUUGCCUGCCAGGCCCGGGCAGUGCCUGGGCUGGCACACCACCAAAACUCAUGGGACGAAAGGCGUUAGAGCUGUUGGCUUCACUGAUGCUGCGUCCUUUGGUCAGCGCUGGGCUCACCCGGACGGCAAGGACCAAAUGGCCCUCUCUGCCUUGGCAGACAUGCCACAUCCACCGAAUGAGGGUUCACAUUUACGCUUUCACAAGCUGUAUCACAGACGCUACGCCCUCGUAGCUGAGCAGGAGCCUUACCAGAACAGCUUUCACCGCUAUGCCUUGGAUUACUUUGCUAGUAGGAAUGAUGUGGAACCAGUGUCACGCUCUGCUGUCUCAACAAAUUGCUGGUCGGGCACGACUCCUGAAAUGUGCUGCGUGCCUGCGGGCAUUGGCACUCCCUGGUGUUUCGAUGCUGUGUAUACUUAUGAGCUUUGUUGUACGCCUUCCGCAGCCGGGGUGAGCGGCUGGACUCCAAGUUCAUCCUCGCUGCCGCCGAGCACAUUGGAACAGCUGCAUCCAAACUUAGUCACCGAUGACGGUUUGGAACCUUCGCCGAGGCCAAGCAUCUCAGUGGAUUUGUUUGUGCGCACCUACCAUGCAAAGCUAGAGGAGCUCACGCAUCUGUUGCAUUCUGUUGCUCUCUUCUGGCCAGCUGACUGGGGAGUAGUGGUUGUUCUGGACGGAAACAGCCUGCAGGAUGAGCAUGCCUGCUCAAUGCUACCAAAGUGGGUUCGGUGCAUUCUGCAGCCUGUGCCGGCAUUCUUGUCAACUUUGAAACCCUCAUUCAGCCACGUGGAUCCUUUCGGUCACCUUGGAGGAGUGCAGCGGCAGCGCGGACUGGUUUGGAAGGAGUGGUCAGAGUGCUGGGCAGAUAAAUAUUCCAGAGCCCAGUUCAUUGCUGUGUGUGAUAGCGACGUUGUUCUAACAACAUUCGGACUUCCACAGCUCCUUUUUCAACCCGCAGAACAGCUAAGCAACGGCGUUCGGCCUGUGGUUUGGGCGCACGCAGACAAUGCACAGUUUCCUAACACCGUAGCUGCGCUCGGGCUACCAAUCCAGGCGGAGUUCAUGGACGGCUUCCCCUUGGUCAUAAAGAGACGCCAUUUCCGAUCUCUGCGACACCAUAUUGUGGGGCUUUAUGGCAGCGAGCCAAAGCACAAUUCAUCUAGAGAGAAUUUUGAUGGGGCAUUCGCUCAGCUUCUGGCGAAGAUAAGCGUGCUCUCUGGUGGUUCUGAGUGCCCCUCUUUCCAUUCAAUGAUGGGCUCCGUGCUGUGGGCUUAUCACCGCAAUGAGUAUGUGUGGUCUAUUCGACAUGGACACUUAACAGGCGUGGCACUUCAGCAUACCUGCCCUCGCUUACGUGUUGCCCAGCAUGUGGCAUAUUGGGGAAAGGAGAACUGGGUAUCCUAUGCAGGCCUACCGGAGAAACAUUUGAAAGUCGGAGGGCAUCCAGCAGUCCUUUCAGAAGUUGCGUAUGCUGCUAGAAGCACAGCACUAAUACUGUCGGGCCUGUGCGCGACGCAGUGGAUGGAGAUCAAUGCCUCCACUUUUGCUAGUUUUGCGAAGCUGAGGCAGAACUUUACUUCUCUUUUUGCUGGGCGGGGGCUGCAAGUCCCUGAUGCGGGUCUACUCGAGGUGCAACGGGAUUUGUGCUCACACGGCCUCCGCCUUGCAGAAGGGCGAGCUGAGAUAGAAGAAAGGUUGCUGGCACGAAGUUUUCCUGGUCAGCGCUGGACCUCCGCGGAAGCGAAGCAUUGCGGCAACCUGCAGCCAGCAACGCUGUUGGCGGCAUACCGUCGUCCCUUCGAUUGUUUGAAGGGCACAGCGGUGCACUGGCCAGCUCAGAAGAAAGUAUGGUGCUGUCUCCAUGAAAACCGCGGAUGCCCAGCGCAGGGGACAUUUCAUCAGGCGCAAAGUGCGUUCGAUUGCCGUGCUGGCUUCACAAGCUGGUCAACUGCUUGGUCGACUGCCAAGCAGGAAUGGUGUUGCGCUCACCACGGUCGGGGUUGCGCACAGUCUCGCGGGGAGCACGGCAUCUUCGACUGCUCCUCAGGUUUAUAUCACUGGCAUGACCAAUGGUCGGCUGACAAGAAGGCUUGGUGUUGCGAAACCUACAGCCUCGGAUGUCCUGUUGAACAAGAAGUGCAGUACGACUGUGACGCUGGGUAUGCGAACUGGAGGGUUGGCUGGUCUGGAAGCAAGAAGGCCUGGUGCUGUACCCACUCCUCCCGAGGCUGCGUGUACGAUUAG